AUGUCUUUCUUCAAGAAGCUCACCGACGAGUUCAAGGACUUCAAACUCGGCGACAAGGACAAGCAGCAACCGCAGCAGUCCACCGAGCGUGGCUACGGCGACCAAGGCUACGGCGGUGCUCACGACUACCAGCAGAACCCCCAAACCAGCUCAUCAUACGGUCAGAACGCGCCAUACCAGCAGCAGUCGUAUCCUCCACCACAGCAGUACAACCAGCCGCCACCACAGCAAUACAACCAGCCGCCACCACAGCAGUACAACCAGCCGCCAUCUCAGCAGUACGGCCAGCCAUACGGUCAGCAGCCGUACAGCAGCGGACCGCCGCCGCAGCCACCGCGCUGGAUCCAGCAGUUUGACCAGGCAAGUCAGCGCACCUACUACGCCGAGACCACCGGCCGCUCAGAAUGGAACCCACCGGCAAAUGAUGGCGGGCAGCGUAGCGUAGGCGGCGCGGGAGGUUUCUACGACCAGUACGGUGGCGCCAUGCCAUCGCAGGCCCCACCCCAGCCAGGCUACGAGCAUCAGGAGAACGCACAGCAGUACUACGGUGAGGUGCAGAAGCAGGAGAAGAGCCACGACACCCGGAACAUGCUGUUGGCUGGUGCCGCGGGUGUUGCGGUCGGCGGUCUCGCUGGAGCUGCCUUGGCUGGUAAGUGACUGCAAAGCAAAGGGAAGCUGCCAAGUUCCACAGUCAGCUAACGCUCGUGCUGCAGGCGACGACAGCGAUGACGAGAAGCACGAAGCUCCGGCCGCCGAUCCGUCGUAUGGAUCUGGCGGCGGUCCACCCGCGGGGGAUAGUGACGCCGAAUCACUCCGUGAAGCCCAGCAAGACUACAACGAGGCCGCCGCGGCGGCUGCGGACUCAGACGCCAGCAGUGAUGAGCUGGAGGAGCUGCAGGAGGCUCGUGAGGAGUACGAAGAGGAGCGCGAAGAGUACUACGACGACUGA